AAGCCCACAUAUUACAUACCUUGACUGAGAACAGAGUCGAGAAUCUUCAUUAUCAUCAGCUGCAUCCAUGGCUGCCGCUGCUGAUGCUUCCACUCAAUCGCUUCUUAAAGAGAUAAGGAGUCACCAAGUAUCAAUUGCUGAGCUCUCUACACUUUCUUCCUCUAGGACUGUUUAUCAGAAAAAUGGGAACCUUUUUUUCCGUACGAGUGUCCAACAAGCCACGGUGUCUGAACAAAAACAACUUGAGACCGCCACGGCAAAGCUACAAAAAGCGAAUCUCACUGCAACAAACUAAACCUACCUACUAGUCCGUUUGUCAUGCUUGUGUCCCUGUGAACAAAACACAACGGGUUUUCUUCAAAAAUGCAAGUCUGAUUUCACAAUGGAAUUGUUUCUCGGUAUAAUCACUUCAUGCUGAAUUUCUGCUUCUGAAUUGACCUCUAAAAUUAUGAGUAUAACGCUAUGUCUUUCGCUUA